CUGAAACUGAAGCAGAAAAAGCCAGGAGGAGGAAACGCCCGGCGACCCGGAGACACCAGAGACGGGUCUGUGGAGGGAGGGGAAGCAGAACCAUGAGUUCGUGCAGCGCCGAUGUCAAGGAAAACCAGAACCGGGACAACCUCCUGUCCAAAGCCGGGGUUGGGGCUGGUGCCGCCCAACCCCCCAGGGUGGCCCAACCCCCCGGGGCCGGCCAACCCCCCGGGGCCGGCCAACCCCCCGGCGGGGGGGCCGGGGCCGGGAGGAAACGCCCCCUGGAGGAGGGCGCUAACGGCCGCACGCCCUCCCGGUACAAACCCAAGAGGCGUAAGACGGCGGCCGGGCCGGUCCCGCCCAAGAACGCCCUGGUGCGGCUGAACGAGGUCCGGCCCGGGCUGCAGUACCGGCUGCUGUCCCAGAGCGGGCCCGUCCACGCGCCUGUCUUCGUCAUGGCCGCCGAGGUCAACGGGCAACUCUUCCAGGGCUCCGGGCCCACCAAGAAGAAGGCCAAGCUGAUCGCAGCGGAGAAAGCUCUGCAGUCCUUCGUCCAGAUCCCCGACGCGUCCGAGGCCCACCGGGCCACGGGGCGGACCCUGGACCGGACCCUGGACCGGACCCUGGACCGGACCCUGAACCGGACCCUGAACCGGAUCAUGGCGGCCCAGACGGACUUCACCUCGGACCAGGCCGACUUCCCCAACGAGCUCUUCAAUGCCUUCGAGAGAUCCACCCCUUUGGAAGACUCGUUGGGUCCAUUGGCAGGGGGAAAUAUCAGUUUUUGUAAAUACGAUAUCUGUAAAUGUGGUCUCACCUCCAACAGCACCGGUUCCUCCCCUGCGUUGGGAUCAGAGUACCAGUUCCUCCUCUCCUCUGGUCCCGGACGAGCCCCCAAGAACCCCAUCAUGAUCCUCAACGAGCUGCGUCCCGGCCUCAGGUACGAGUUCAUGUCGGAGAGCGGCGAGAGCCACGCCAAGAGCUUCACGGUGUCCCUGGCGGUGGAGUCGUGCCGGUUCCAGGGCUCUGGCCGGAACAAGAGGCUGGCCAAGGCCCGGGCCGCCCAGGCCGCGCUGGCCGCCCUCUUCGGCCUGGGGCUGGACCGGCCGCCGUCGCAGCAGCCCAUACCCGGGGAGGGACGGCAGCUGCACCCGCCGCAGGUCUUGGCCGACGCCGUCUCUCGUCUGGUAAUCGAUAAAUUCGGCGAACUGACGGAUAACUUCACAUCCCCGCACGCUCGACGGAAGGUUCUGGCGGGCGUCGUCAUGACAACAGGUGCAGACCUGCGGACGGCCCGGGUCGUCUGCGUCGCCACGGGGACCAAGUGCAUCAGCGGCGAGCUCGUUAGCGGCCGCGGCAUCAGCGGCGAGCUCGUUAGCGGCCGCGGCCUGGCGCUGCACGACGGCCACGCCGAGGUGGUGGCGCGGCGCUGCCUGGUCCGGUUCCUGUACUCUCAGCUGGAGAACUUGCUCAGGCCCGGCCAGGAGCAGCAGAGCUCCGUCUACGCCCCGUGUGGGGAGGGGCGGGGCUUCAGGCUGAAGGCCGGGGUCCAGUUCCACCUGUACGUCAGCACCGCGCCCUGCGGGGACGCCCGCAUCUUCUCCCCCCACGAGGCCGGGGCCGAGGGUGAACGCCCCCCCACCCGCGGCCAGCUGCGCUCCAAGAUGGAGUCCGGCGAGGGAACGGUUCCGGUCCAGACCCGGGACGGGGGUCAGCUCAGCAUGUCCUGCAGCGACAAGAUCGCUAGGUGGAACGUGUUGGGGGUCCAGGGGUCCCUGCUGACCCACUUCAGCGGUCCCGUCUACCUGUCCAGCCUCGUCCUGGGUCGCCUGUACCACGGCCUGCACCUGCAGCGGGCCGCCUACCAGCGGGUCUCCGGGCUGGACCUGGACCUGGAACCGCCCUUCUGCCUGAACCGGCCACUGCUCAGCGGCGUCAGCGACGCCGAGGCCCGGCAGCCCGGCAAGGCCCCCGGCUUCAGCGGGAACUGGACCGAGGGGGACCCUGGCCUGGAGGUGGUCAGCGCCGGCACCGGCAGGGACGAGCUGGGCCGGCCGUCCCGGCUCUGCAAGCAGAACCUGUUCCUCCGCUGGCUGCACCUGCAGCGCCAGCUCCCCCCCGCCCUGCAGGCCCCAGCACCACGGCCCCACAGCUACCGCCAGGCCAAGCAGGCAGCGCUGGACUACCAGGCCGCCAAGCAGACCCUGUACCGGGCCUUCCACCGGGCUGGGCUUGGGAUCUGGAACCAGAAACCCGGGGACCAGGACCGGUUCACCGAGGAGUCCUGA